AGGCAAUUUAUGAGGCCACCUUCUCCAUCUAUAUAUAUGGAUGCUAUCAGUUUCUAGCUUUUCAUCCAAGAGACCUAAAGAAAUUAGCCAAAAAGCAAAGGAAAAAAAAAUGGGAGAAGGAAUUAUCAAAAGACAAGUUAACCGGCUAAAAAGAGAAUUCGGGUCAUUAAACCAAUUGCUAAAAGGGGCUAUCUUAGUCCUGUUAACGCUUUUGGUAGUGUCAGCGCUUUCAGUUCUUGUCAGCGCAUUGACAAGAAAUAAGCCACCGAAUGCAGAGCCAAGAAAUGAAGGGGAGCUACCUCAAUGGUUCCUUGACUGGUUGGAUGCACAAGACGCAAACCACGAAAAUAACGGCGAGUUGAGUCUGUCUUGCACGAAAACUCCAGCUGGAAAAGGAGAAGGACCCUUCAAGUGGAAUAUAAAUUGCAAGAAGAACAAGCGAGAAGGAGACGAUAAGGAGGAUCAAGCAAAUGCGAAACCCCUGAAGCUUCGUAUGGAGAAACCAGAUAGCAUUGGCAAAUCUAAUAAAAAAGGAGAGUCAUGUCUGUGUUGUCGUGCUUGCAGCAAUGCUACAAUACCUAUCGAGGAGGAGAAGGACAAGAAUUUCUGGGACAUAUUACUCCAACUGUUUAGGAAAGUUCAACACAAAACACAACAAACUGCUGGCCGUUUGUGGCGGUUGUUCAGAUCGCUAUUCCGUUGGCAUAUUGAUGACCCUAAAACUGAGGACGAGGACAAGGGCAAAAAGCCAGAGGAGCCUAAGGUUGAUGGUGGAUUGAAGUGCAAAUAUCAUUCUGAAACUAAGAGUAUUGAGAUUGAGGAGGAGUUGAAACAAUUAUUACGCAAAGAGCUUCUGCGGUUGGUCGAACAAGAAGCACCUCACCAAGAUAAACCAUGCCUGGAUGAAUUCCCAACCAAAUUGCAUACUCGGUUCUCAAAAAUGUUCGAAAAUAUACUUCACUCUGAAAUUAACCAAUUAAGUGACGAUUUAAAAGCUAGGCCUUUGGUUCCAUCUCCACCAGCAACUGAACAAGAUCAGCAACUACCAGAAUUAGAUCCAAGUAAGCUUGAAGAAGUAUCAUCACAAGAUGUUUCAGGAUCCCAUGGUACGAGUCCUGCAGAAUUCUGAAGGCGCUUAACAUGAUCGAAAUAAUUACAUUUAAGUUAUCUAAUUAUAUUUGGCAGCUAGUUCAUUUCAGGAAUAAGAACGAUUUUGGAAUAUAUCUUGUUUCAUGUUGUGAAUUCAAUUCUUAGGAUCUUAAUAAGAUUGUAACAGACAUAUGUUUAUUGGCAA